AUGAGAGCUAGCGAAGGAGGAUUUCAAGAACAACCUGAGUGUUCAUUAACCAAAGCAGUGGAGGAUGUCAGUCACCAUAGCUACGUCCAGACAGAGGCCCUGAAAGAGAAACAGAGGACACUGAGCUAUCUGCAGGCAACGCUGUCAGAUGUUGAGGGCAAAGGCGAGGUGGCAGAGCAGGAGCUGAGAUCUAAAGUGAGGGAAUUCCUGAUGCUGGAAGGAGAGUUGGAGCAACUGGAGAGACAGACAAAAGUCCAACGUGAUCGCUGUGCAUCCAUCAGCAAAGACAACACAGAACUUCAGGUUCUUAUAAGAGAGGAGGAGGAGGUGGCUGACGUGGCACUGGCACAGUUCAACACUUACCGAAAGAAGAUGGAGGGUCACAGAGCUGCUGUUUUGUAUGCAGCGAGCCAAACAGACGCUCAUAAAAAGCUGGAGGAGAAGAAAGCGCUGGUCCGGAUGCUGACACAAAAGAAAGAGGAGCUGAAAGAAGAUUUGAAGAAUCCAAAUGGAAACACUGUACAAAUGGCAAAGAGUGAGAUUGAUGCUCUAAAGAAGGAGCGCUCUACGAAGAGAAUGAUCAUAGCUGAGAAGAAGGAGCAACUGCAAAAAGAGUUUGAGAUUCAUGCCCAGAUAAAGAAAGACAUAGAGAUCCAGAACAGGCGCUAUGAAGCCAUCAUCAAGCGUCUCCGCUGCCAACUGAGCAGGGCCCAGGCUGCCCACAGGCAAAUGUCUGAUGAUAUCUACCACAUGAAGAGACAACUAGCUGAGCUCAGGAGGCAGCAUCAGUCAUCACACAACUCAGCGAAAACACCUUUUGUCAAUGAAAUGGGAUUUGAGAAAGUGCCAUCUGGGCAUGAGAGCACGAGCUCGGUCUCCACUCGGCGUCUGAUCCACCGUCCAGCCACUCUGAGGUCAGGAAGUGGAUCAGACCGACCUGAAGGAGCAGGUCUGAGUCUCUCAAGAUCAAAGAUGGUUCAAGUCUGA